GAAGGAGCAGGGGAGGGGGCAGGAGGAGAGGGAGGCCAAAGCCAGAGCAGCCGGGCAGCCCGAGCGUCGGGGCAGAACAGCCUGAGCCCGGAGCAAGUCGCCUCGGGAGCCCUAAUCCUCUCCCGCGGGCUCGCCGAGCGGUCAGUGGCGCGCGGUGGCUGCGAGGCUGAAAUAUGAUAAUCAGAACAGCUGCGCCGCGCGCCCCGCAGCCAAUGGGCGCGGCGCUCGCCUGACGUCCCCGCGCGCUACGUCAGACCAAUGGCGAUGGAGCUGAGUUGGAGCAGAGAAGUUUGAGUAAGAGAUAAGGAAGAGAGGUGCCCGAGCCGCGCCGAGUCCGCCGCCGCCGCAGCGCCUCCGCUCCGCCACCGCCUCCGGCUUACAUUGGACUCCCCGAUCCGCGAGGGCGCGGCGCAGCCGGGCAGCGGCUCUCUCAGCCGUGGCAACCCCAGGGGCCACUGUUUCCCACUUAGCCACAGCUCCAGCAUCCUUUCUGUGGGCUGUUCACCAACUGUACAACCACCAUUUCACUGUGGACAUUACUCCCUCUUACAGAUAUGGGAGACAUGGGAGAUCCACCAAAAAAAAAACGUCUGAUUUCCCUAUGUGUUGGUUGCGGCAAUCAAAUUCACGAUCAGUAUAUUCUGAGGGUUUCUCCGGAUUUGGAAUGGCAUGCGGCAUGUUUGAAAUGUGCGGAGUGUAAUCAGUAUUUGGACGAGAGCUGUACGUGCUUUGUUAGGGAUGGAAAAACCUACUGUAAAAGAGAUUAUAUCAGGUUGUACGGGAUCAAAUGCGCCAAGUGCAGCAUCGGCUUCAGCAAGAACGACUUCGUGAUGCGCGCCCGCUCCAAGGUGUACCACAUCGAGUGUUUCCGCUGCGUGGCCUGCAGCCGCCAGCUCAUCCCCGGGGACGAGUUCGCGCUGCGAGAGGACGGGCUUUUCUGCCGUGCGGACCACGACGUGGUGGAAAGGGCCAGCCUAGGGGCCGGCGACCCGCUCAGUCCUCUGCACCCGGCGCGGCCGCUGCAAAUGGCAGCCGAACCCAUCUCCGCCCGGCAACCGGCCCUGCGGCCCCACGUCCACAAGCAGCCGGAGAAGACCACCCGCGUGCGGACUGUGCUGAAUGAGAAGCAGCUGCACACCUUGCGGACCUGCUACGCCGCCAACCCCCGGCCCGAUGCGCUCAUGAAGGAGCAACUGGUAGAGAUGACGGGCCUCAGCCCCCGCGUGAUCCGGGUCUGGUUUCAAAACAAGAGGUGCAAGGACAAGAAGCGCAGCAUCAUGAUGAAGCAACUCCAGCAGCAACAGCCCAAUGACAAAACUAAUAUCCAGGGGAUGACAGGAACUCCCAUGGUGGCUGCCAGUCCAGAGAGACAUGACGGUGGCUUACAGGCUAACCCCGUGGAGGUGCAAAGUUACCAGCCACCUUGGAAAGUACUGAGUGACUUCGCCUUGCAGAGUGACAUAGAUCAGCCUGCUUUUCAGCAACUGGUCAAUUUUUCAGAAGGAGGACCAGGCUCUAAUUCCACUGGCAGCGAAGUUGCGUCGAUGUCCUCUCAACUCCCAGAUACACCAAACAGCAUGGUAGCCAGUCCUAUUGAGGCAUGAAGAACAGUCAUACAGAUGUAUUUCUUUUUUCCCUGUUGGAGAAAGUGGGAAACUAUAAUGUUGAACUCCGAAACAAAAGUAUUUAACGACCCAGUCAAUGAAAACUAAAUCAAGAAAUGAAUGCUCCAUGAAAUGCACGAAGUCUGUUUUAAUGACAAGGUGAAAUGGUAGCAACACUGUGAAGACAAUCAUGGGAUUUUACUAGAAUUAAACAACAAACAAAACCCAAAACCCAACAUAUGCUAUUCAAUGACCUUAGGAGUACUGAAGAAAAAAAAAAAAAAAAAAAAGACGUUUUUAAAACGUGGAGGAUUUCUAUUCAAGGAUCUCAAAAAAAGCAUUUUUGUUUCACUGCACAUCUAGUAAAAAGCAGAAAUAGAAAUUUUUCUAGUCCAUCCUAAUCUGAAUGGUGCUGUUUCUAUAUUGGUCAUUGCCUUGCCAAACAGGAGCUCCAGCAAAAGAGCAGGAAGAGAGACUGGCCUCCUUGGCUGAAAGAGUCCUUUCAGGAAGGUGGAGCUGCGUUGGUUUGCGAUGUUUUUAGUUGACUUUAACAAGGGGUUAAUUGAAACCUGGGUCUCUUAGCAUGUCCUGUAGCUGUUUUUUUUUUUUCCUUUUGCUCCCCCCCUUUUUUUUGAGAUCCAUCCUCUAUCAAGAAGUCUGAAGCGACUUUAAAGGUUUUUGAAUUCAGAUUUAAAAACCAACUUAUAAAGCAUUGCAACAAGGUUACCUCUAUUUUGCCACAAGCGUCUCGGGAUUGUGUUUGACUUGUGUCUGUCCAAGAACUUUUCCCCCAAAGAUGUGUAUAGUUAUUGGAUAAAAUGACUGUUUUCUCUCUCUCUCUGGAAAUAAAAAGGAAAAAAAAGGAAACUUUUUUUUUGUUUGCUCUUGCAUUGCAAAAAUUAUAAAGUAAUUUAUUAUUUAUUGUCGGAAGACUUGCCACUUUUCAUGUCAUUUGACAUUUUUUGUUUGCUGAAGUAAAAAAAAAAAAAAAGAUAAAGGUUGUACCGUGGUCUUUGAAUUACAUGUCUAAUUCUAUGUGUUUUGUCUUUUUUCUUAAAUAUUAUGUGAAAUCAAAGCGCCAUAUGUAGAAUUAUAUCUUCAGGACUAUUUCACUAAUAAACGUUUGGCAUAGAUAAAUAAAUAAA